UAAGACAUGGCUAUUUCAAACUAUUCUUCAGUGAUUGACUUUCUACUUGAAGGGUUAACAAAACGCUCAGAACUUCAAAUGCUACUGUUCCUUCUGUUUCUUGGAAUAUAUGUGGUCACAGUAGUGGGGAACCUGGGCAUGAUCCUCUUAAUCUCCAUCAGUUCUCAACUUAACUCUCCAAUGUACUACUUCCUCAGUCACUUAUCCUUCAUUGACCUAUGUUACUCCUCUGUAAUUACCCCUAAGAUGCUGGUGAACUUCGUUUCAGAGAGGAACAUCAUCUCCUUUCUGGAGUGCAUGGCUCAACUUUACUUCUUCCUGAUUUUUGUCAUUGCCGAAGGCUACCUCCUGACAGCCAUGGCCUACGAUCGUUACGUUGCCAUCUGUAGUCCGCUGCUUUACAAUAUUGUCAUGUCUCACAGGGUCUGUUCCAUAAUGACGGUUGUGGUGUACUUACUGGGUUUCUUUGGGGCCACUGUCCACACCACCCUCAUGUCAAUGUUGUCCUUCUGUGGGUCUCAUAUUGUAAGCCAUUAUUUUUGUGAUAUUCUGCCCUUGCUGACUCUGUCUUGCUCCAGUACUCAUAUAAAUGAAAUGCUGCUGUUUAUCAUUGGUGGAAUUAAUACCUUAGCACCUACACUAGCUGUUCUCAUAUCUUAUGCUUUCAUCCUUUCUAGUAUCCUCCAUAUCCGCUCCACUGAAGGACGGUCCAGAGCCUUCGGCACAUGUAGCUCCCAUCUCAUGGCUGUGGGCAUCUUUUUUGGGUCUAUAAAAUUCAUGUAUUUCAAGCCACCUUCCAGUAAUAAUAUGGAACAGGAGAAAGUGUCCUCUGUGUUCUACACCACAGUGAUUCCAAUGCUGAAUCCUCUUAUCUACAGCUUGAGGAACAAGGAUGUGAAGAACGCAUUAAGGAAGGUGGUUGCAGGAAGACAGUCAUCCUAA